UAACAUCAGAAAUGUAACACAAUAUUAUCUUGGUGUUUUAGUGUUAGAAAACAAUCAGUAGUUUUAAUUUCUAUUAAGUUAUCAGUAAUCGGGGAUAAAUAAUGAUUGAAAAAAGGUAUUGAAAAAAAUAUUGAAAUUUUGGAUUGAUAACAUAUAGUAAAUAGAGACAUGGAAAGACCACAGGUUGUGGAAGGACAAAGAUACUCUAGUCUAGAUAAUAGAAUAAAUGAUGAAUUUGUUGCAAUAGGACAAACAGUAUUGCCAUCGGCACCACCAAGGACCAUGUCUCAACCAAGGCAACAGGUAGUGUUCACAGUGGAAGGAGAUACUCAGCAAAGAUCUCCCUCAUGUCAGAAUUCAAAGUGUUGUGUUGUAACCUGUUUGCUCAUGUUUUGCCUAGUUUCAUCUGCCGUAUCACUUGGACUGCUAGGAUACGGUAUUUUGACAGUUUUGGACGUAUAUCACUGGUCAGCAGAAUCAGUGGAUGAUUCAAGGUUAGAUUCGUGGAAGUACACCGACGAAACAACAUUAUGUGUUACCUUAUCUGGAAAAGAUCUUCAACAUUCUGGUUGUGCUAAACAUCUAUUUAAUGAUAUUUCUGAUGAUAAAAAUUACACAUGUUGCGUUAGGGACUCUAGACAAUAUUCCUUUCUUUAUCAAUUGAUGAAUGAAGAGCAAAGUCGUCGAGCAUCCGCUGUAAACAAUGACAUAUGUACCCACUCAAACGCCAUAUCGGAAGUUUUACACAACGGUACCUUAAUUUGGAAACCAGCAAAGGAUUGUGAAAUAAAUGGAAAAACCACGAAAGCCAGUCUCUUCGAAAUAAAGGAAUCUGACAUUUAUAUUGUAUAUAUAUCUAUAGCUAUUAGGUUUGAGAAAACUUACAAGAAUCUACCUAAUCACCAAAUACGAAUAAAACUUUACCGACGGCCCGUUAACGGUACAAACGGUAUGAACGAUGUAGAACUUAUGCACAAGACUAUGAACGUGAGGAAAGAGUUCCAAAGCUUUGAAAAUGAGUUUUUGUAUGGAGCAUUUAAAUUGCAAAAAGGGGAAUAUAUAUAUAUAGAAGUGAAAAAUUCUGAAUACCUGUAUAACUAUGAGGAAGCCUCUGCUAUUGGAUUUUUCAAGAUCCAGAAAUGAGUAUUAAAUGAUAUAACUUUUGUGAUAAUACGGUUGUUUGUAAAAUAUAAAUAUAUUUAUGAUUUUUGUUGUUAGAGACAAUUUUACUUCCAUUGUGAAUUAAUCAUCCGGUUAAGAUACAUUUGUAAAUGUUUUUUUUUUAAUUUGUAUUGCUAGUGUACAUAGAAAAAAAUAUUUAGGAAAAUCAAACAGUCUUUUAAUGUUAUACUUCAUUUUUAUUUCUUAUAUUUGAAGUCAUUAAUAUUUUUUUAACAGUUUAUUCAUUUAUUAAUUAAAUCAAUUUCCAACUA